AGUCAUGUAGGAGUCCCCCCUCCCUUACCCACAAAAUAUUGUGUCAUUCAGAUAAGCAUAUUAGAGAGCAGCAGAGGAUGAGGCUGCAAUGCUGCCCACAUCCAGCGCCGGAAUGUGCCCCCUGAAAGUGUGGCCUGCACCUUGUGUUAGAUUUUUUUACCAGCAUGAGGUUGCAGAGUGCAGCAAGACAAAGGGGAAGAAGUGCUGCCUGAAAGAGUAUACUCUUGCCCCUUUUUGCCCUUCUUCCCCAUCUUUGUUAACUACCAUUUUGUCAAACAGAAUUUCAUUCAUAGAUUUCCUUGGUACCUUUAGCAGUAUUUUUCAGGAUAAUCUUUGGUUUUUUUUCCUUUAUUCUGUAGCCUGUGCUUAGCUGUACCUCAGAAUAACUCCAAUAACUGCCUGCAAAGCAACAUGUUCAAAAUACGUUCAAUGAAGUGCGCAGUGUGUAAUGAGAAUCUCAAAAAUAUCCUUGUUUUAUCGUUUGGAAUUCUACUUUUGUAUACAGCUUACAUGGGACUUCAGACUUUACAGAGCAGUCUCAAUAAAAUUGAAGGACUUGGUGUCGCAUCAUUGAGUGUCAUGUAUGUUUCCCUCAGUAUUUCAUCAUUGUUGCUACCUCCUCUGCUCAUAAAGAGAAUUGGGUGCAAGUGGACCAUUGUAUUGUCCAUGUUCUGUUUUAUUUCCUAUAGUUUGUGCAACUUCUAUGCAAGCUGGCCGACGUUGAUUAUUUCCUCUAUACUUGUGGGACUAGGAGGAGGACCACUUUGGGCUGGCAAAAGUACUUAUAUUACAAUCAUUGGAAACAAAUAUGCAGAGACUUCUGGAAAACUAGCUAAAGAUGUAGUGAACCAAUAUUUUGGCAUUUUCUUUUUGAUUUGUCAAACCUGUCGUGUUUGGGGAAACCUAAUUUCAUCUUUGAUAUUUAACCUAUCACAUAAUUCAGGAGGCCUUGAUGCUCUCAAUCAGACAGUCUGUGGAGCAGGCGACUGUCCAGUAGAGCAAUCACAAUCUGGGAAUAGUACUGGCAGCCAGCCUUCAAAAACCAUUCUCUACACUCUUCUGGGCUCCUAUACCGCCUGUGGAAUUCUGGCCGUGCUGAUGAUCAUUUUUUUUCUGGACAAGCCACACACAGAAAAACAGAAUAGAGAAAAUCAGAGUAAAACAUCAGUUUGUUCAAAUCUUUUAGCAAGCUUUAAGCAACUGCGAGAUAAACGUCAGUGCCUCCUAAUUCCACUGACGAUGUUUAGUGGUUUUGAACAAGGUUUUAUUGCCAGUGACUUCACAAAGUCUUAUGUGACCUGCAUUUUGGGACUGAAAUAUGUUGGAUUUGUAAUAAUUUGUUUUGGAGUUACUAAUUCAAUUUGCGCAGCAGUAUUUGGAAAACUUACCCAGUACACUGGCAGGAUUCCUUUGUUUCUCCUUGGAGCAGCUAUAAAUGUGGGCUGUAUCAUUGGAUUCUUGACAUGGAAACCUCACAUUGGCAACUUUGCAGUGUUUUUCAUAAUGUCUGGACUCUGGGGAAUUGCAGAUGCAGUAUGGCAGACAUUACUAAGCUCUCUCUAUGGUGUUUUGUUUGAAAAAAAUAAAGAGGCAGCCUUUGCCAAUUUCUCUCUCUGGGAAUCUCUUGGAUUCGCUAUAGCCUUUGGAUACAGCUCGUUUCUCUGUGUUUAUGUAAAACUAUACAUAUUAAUGUGUGUGGUAGUGAUUGGAAUUUUACUUUAUGGAACAGUGGAAUAUAUUGAGCAUACGCAACAUAGAAAUUUACCUAAUGUUGCUGAAGAAGGACCAAAAGAAAAUGAGGCCAUCCCAGCCUAAACAGAGGUGCUCCCAUAAUUUCUGUGAAAUGUUAUUGUGUUAUUUACAGAUAAAACUAUUUAUUUUGUAUAUUAUGUUCCUUUAAUCUGGUAACAAAAAAUUACAUGUGUGUAACACAUUACAUACUGGAAUACAUUAUUUAUGUAAUUUACUUUAUACUGUAUGUUAUGCCUGUGCAAACAAGGUGUCAUGAAGUACCUGCAAUAUUAAUGCCAGUUGUCUACCAUAGGUCAAGUCUUAUUUAAAUAAAUGAGAAGCACCAUGCAUUGCCCUGCCCAGGAAAUUGUUAUGGUUCCCACUGAUGCCAAAGGGAACCAUAUAACAGGACAUGGUGUUGUUUCCUUUACUUUCUGGAAUUGAAGCCCUCCCUUCUUUUUUAUGGAUUGCCACAAAUUUUAAAAUUAAAGUUUAAAGAAAUAAUUCUCAUUGUUUCUUUUUUGCUUACUUGUAAUCAAUCACUGCCAGCCACUGCCUCUCCCACGUUGCUUACCAAGAAAAACUAAAGAUGCCCACUUUGGAAGGCACGACCAUCUUUAUUUUUUAACAGCAA